AUAAUGUUUCAUUAAUGUGAUGAUUCCUUUACACUGUUAAUUUAAAAGAAAUUAUCUGUAAUAAUUAUUUCAAAUUUUUUUUUAUUUGGCUCUCUGUAAAAUAUACAUGGAAAACAGAGAUAAAAUAUUAAUUUCCUCUACAUCGAAAACAGAGGUUGAUUCCUGAUACGCAUCGUGUUACUAAGUCAAUGUCAUGUUUCAAAGAAAGAACUAUGGACCAUCCUGAUACGCAUCGUGUUACCCAAGUCACGGUCAAUGUUAUGUUUUUUCCACACACACCAAAAAUCUAUUUAAAUCUUAAGAUAAGAUACACUGACACAUACAAAAUAAGCAUAUCAGAUAGUACUAUACAAUCUACCCGUCGUGUAAUUUAAGCUGCAGACUGAAAAAAGAUACAAAGAAGGGAACCACUGCAAGACCAAAUUGCUUGAAAAACGCUGAAUUUCACGUGGAAACUUCGAGACUCUGAAAACAUAGAGAAGAUGAAGCAAGGGGUUAUGGACAUAUAAACAGUGAAGGGAGGAAGAUGGUCUUUGUCGUUGUCCUUCAUUCCCGUGAAACAUGAUUCAACAAAUAUUUGUCCUCAAGAAGGUGAGAAAACUAGGUACCAUCAAUCAUUGCUAUUAUCAUUUUUUUUUUUCUUUUCUGCUUUCUCUUGAAACUCAAUCACAUUCCAUUAUCUUACAAUAUCAGUGUGACAUGUGGUGACUACUUCAUUUUUCAGGACUCCAUGGACAUUAAAGCUACUAAAAUUUUCCCGCAACAUUGAGGUUGGUAGUUUUCGUCAUGGCUGCAACAUGUGGACUAUACAUUUGCUCAGUUAAUUUAGAGAAACCAACAAUAGUUCGUGUAAAUACCAAGUUGGUAGAACAGAGAGUCAUCAACCAAACAUGUCAUACUUCUAGUGUAGAAGAAUGGAAAGCACCCUACUUGCAGUACCCACAACCCAAAACUUACAACAGGGAACAGUGUGCAUGCAAUCCUGUCAGAUUUGUUUGCAUAGUGACAAUGCAAAGAUCGGGGAGUGGAUGGUUUGAGACUUUGUUGAACAGUCAUAUGAAUGUGAGUUCCAAUGGGGAGAUAUUUGCGGUGGCCAAAAGAAGGGAAAAUGUAACUUCAAUUUUGAAGACAAUGGAUGAAGUGUUCAAUCUUGAUUGGUUCAGUGGUGCUUCCAAAAAUGAGUGUUCAGCGGCUGUGGGGUUCAAGUGGAUGCUUAAUCAGGGUUUAAUGGAUCAUCAUAAGGAGAUAGUGGAGUACUUUGAAAGGAGAGGAGUUUCUACAAUAUACCUUUUCAGAAGGAAUUUGCUCCGUAGAAUGGUAUCUGUUCUUGCCAAUUCCUAUGACAAAAUUGCAAAGCCACUGAAUGGAACCCAUAAGUCUCAUGUGCACUCCAAAGAAGAGGCUGGAAUUCUGGCCAAAUACAGGCCAUGGAUCAAUUCCACGUUGCUGAUGACAGAGAUAAAGCGAACAAAGGAGACAGCUGCAAAAGCUCUUCAAUACUUUAAGAACACUCUUCACAUUGUUCUAUACUAUGAGGAUCUUCUUAAAAAUGCCACGCUAAGUGUGAACCAUGUGUUGUGACUGCACCAUCAUAGAAUUUUAUAUUAUAAUCUCAUCGUGUAAUACUCAUAAUAUAUUAAUUAAAAAGUUUGGAUUUUGAGUUGGUGAUUCAAUGUUGAAUUUUAUUUUCCAUCUCCAGAAGGUGAAAGACGUUGAAGAAAUUCUGGGAUUGCCGUCGAGAGAUAUGCACAGCAGGCAGGUGAAGAUUCACACUGGCCCAUUAUGGAAGCAAAUCGGAAACUAUUGAUAGGUUUGCGAUUAAGAAACCUAAUCAAGAUCCCUCUAAACCACCUCUCAGAACAGAAAGAUAACAAGAAUGGGAACAAAACUGUGUAUUGUACACAAAAGAAUACUCUGGACACUUACAGAAACAAGGGCAUAACCCCUUUCACAUGACAAAGCCUGUUAACAAAUCAACUACCCAAAAACUGCCUUCUAACUAUCCAAUCAAUCUAUUUAUACAAAAUUCCUGUGCCUUCUAUCGUAAUCCCCUUUCCCAUUAUAUCCAAAUACCCUAUAUCCUAACAGAAGAAGUGCAAAAAACGCUGAGAGGCACACCAUAUCAGAAUUUUCUCGUCCCAGACUAAUCAAAUAGAGUUCCACAUGAUAGCUAACUUUGACACUAAAAUACAAAAUUCUUUGACUGGCAAUUGGAUUACUUUACGUUCUCCAGAGCCACUACUUGGAAACUUUAACCACAGGCAGAGAAAGGGUUUGGUGAAGUUGAUCAAAAUGUGCAAGUUUCAAAUUAGCUUCGUGUGUCUGAAGUAUAUUUUAUGCAAGAAAAUGCAAGCAUAAGAUAACACAUCAUUACUCCGGAGGUUCUUUCCAACUUCCAUUCAACAGUUUUUUAUUAUUUUAACACAAUUAGUUGAUAUCAGUAAAUAGUCUUUAUAGUCUUAAUGCGACGGUUAUUUAAUAUUUAAAAUAUUUAAGGAAGCGAGCUCGUGACUAACACCACAGCUACUGCUGAAGUCUGUUAAGUUGUGCCUAUGAACAAUU